AUGGCUCCGAUGUCGUUAAAGCGUUCCACUCCUUCGCACAGCGACGAUGACAGCAUAGACGAGCCCGGGAUGAAGAGGAGAAGAUUCGAGGAGACUCUACCUAAUACGCCACCGCCAGAAGAGGAUACGAGUCCGAUCCCCAGCCAGAGACGCAUGUUCGAUGACGAUCCGCAUCAGCUUCUGUUGCGCUCAGUUGCGCUCACUCUUGAGCAUGUGGGAUUCACAGCAGCUACGCCGGAGUCUUUGGAGGCAAUGUGCGCGGAAGUUGAGACAUACGCGGCGCACUUCCUUUCCAAAGUGACUUCUUCAAUGCUCAAUGCAAGACGAUCACUCCCAACGCCCCUCGACUUCAAAUACGCCCUUGAAGAGUUCGAUCUACCUAUCGCCUCCAUAGAGCCACAUCUGAACCCGCCAAUUCCUCGCUCCAAAUUGCUCAUUCAACUCGAGGCUCUACCAGUGGAAAAGUUACCGACAUCUUCAGCUGGUAUUUUAUUAGGGUCUGAACUCAGUGGAGAGAAAGAUAAGAACGACAAACAGUACAUACCAAAAAAGUUCCCCUCAUUUCCAGGUCAACAUACGUACAAAUGGACUGAUAAGCAGUCCGUCCGGGAGACGAAUCCGAGAAAGAUCCGAGAGGAAGCUGCGAAAGCUGCUAGGCAAGGUGAAGAAGCGUUGCGGCGGUUGACGAGAGUGAGCAAAGUAGGGAAGGAGAAAGAUGUCAAGAAGAUAGCAAGCAAGGACCCGAAAAGCAAAGAGAGGCAUGAGGUUUGGGAGAAAGCGAUGGACGACCUCGUGUUCACUAAACAGUCAUUGGCAGGUGAAGGGGCUAGCCAGGAACGUGAUCAGAGCAUGAUUGUCAACGCCAAUUCACCGUUCUUCAGAAAGGGAGCUCCUGCGAAGAGAAAG